GCGAAGAUUUAGGAUACAGACAGGGAAGUAUUGAUUCUGUUUUGAUAAUAAUGAAUGCAAAAUGAAUAAUUACGAAUUAUGCGGAUGUGGUAAAAUGUGUAUAUGUAACAUUUUUGAGUAUUUUUCUUUUUUUUCUUUCAGAUUUAUCAUCAAUCACAAUAUUUAAGCAAAUUAGAAAUGAUCAAGCUAUACUGAAAUGUCAACUAUAACAUUUUUUUUCUCGUCAGGAAAGAGCAAUCAAUGUGGAUGCUAUAUGUUUUGUAAAUUACGUUAUUUGUUCGAAGUAUUACAUUGUUUUAUUUCGGCCAUAUCAUAUGUUUUUAGCUAACCUUAGCAAUGCUACCGCCUCGAUAUCCUAGUGGAAGAGCGCCCGCUUCGAGUGCGGGAGGUCAUGGGUUCGAUCCCUGGCCGCGUCAUUCCAAAGACGUGAAAAAUGGUACCAGUAGCUCCCUUGCUUGGCGCUCAGCAUUAAAAGGGAAACUGGGCUCUUCUCUCAUACCCUCGCGGCGAUGGAUUCCAUCAGGAAUAAGGUGUCGGGAGUGAUUUAUAUAAGUUGUAGAACUUUCUUCACAAUCGACCUAAAAUAAAUUAUGUAUAAAAUAAUGUUCAGGUGAGUUUUUGUGAUCGCUCGAUGCCCGGCGUCCUUCGUUUGUUUGUCGUCUGUCUGACAACAUUUAGCUUGUGUAUGCGGUAGAGGCUGUUUUUUUUCAACCGAUUUUCAUGAAAUUUAGUCAGAAUGAUUACCUUGAUGAAAUCUAGGCCGAGUUCGAAAUUGGAUCAUCUGGAGUCAAAAACUAGGUCACUAGAUCAAAUCAAAGAAAAACCUUGUGUAUGCGAUAGAGGUUGUAUUUUUCAAUUAAUCUUCAUUAAAUUUGGUCAGAAGGAUUACCAUGAUGAAAUCUACAGAGAACAGGAGAAAUACAAGGCUAACUCUAUUUUCAUUCAACGUUUCGACUAUUUAUUAAGUCUUCAUCAGGAAGUCAACAAAUAUGAUAUGAAAUAAAAAAAAAACGUCAUGAAUAUAAGACGUCAUAAAAGAUGACGUUACGUUACAAACAUUUUGGCGUAAAAAUUACAAUGUACAAUAGGCUACAUAAUGUAUACACAAAUAUAUAUCUAAAGUACUGUUCAAAGUAUAUUGAUGAAAUCUAGGCCGAGUUCGAAAAUGGGGUCAAAAACUAAGUCACUAGCCUAAGGUCAAAUCAAAUAAUACUUGUUUAUAAUUAAGAUUUUUGCUCCAAUUUUAAUAAUAAUUGGUCAGAAUAUUUUUUCCAUGAAAUCACUAGGUCAAACAUGUUUAAACCGGUGUGUUAUGGUGUGUUUCUCAGGUGAGCGACCUAGGGCCAUCUUGGCCCUCUUGUUUUUUGUUAAUUUUCUCACAAAAUUUAAAAGUAUUUCUGAUAGUAAACAUUUAUAUUUUAUGAACUAUUUUUUUCAAUAAUCAGUUUGUCCAAAGUCUUUACUGUAUUCUUACAUAUAAUGAAUUACUUCAUACAUACGAAAUGAAGCUGAACCUUUCUUUUUGAUAUACAGUUGUGUGUAUUUCUUUUUACAGCAAAGACUUAGAAAAAUAUCACCGCUAAAGAUGUUCUCUUUUUUCCUUACCGCUUUCAUGCUGUUAACCAUAAACUGCGGAUCUGUCCUAUCAAUAUGUAAGACAGGAUGUAAAUGUAGCUGGACAGGUUAUUGUAACGGCUGCAAAGAUGGGUAUUAUUUGAAUAGUAUUUUACUGUGCGAAAAAUGUUCAGCAAAUUGCUUCACAUGUUCAUCAAAUCGAAAUUGCACGGAAUGUAAAGCAGGAUUCUACAUAAAAACUUAUGACAACGGUGAAAAAUGGUGUAGAAAAUGUCCGAAAAAGUGUACAAUUUGCAAAUCAGAAAAUGAAUGUCAUGAAUGUAACGACGGUUACCAUCAGUAUGGCCAAUUUUGCUUGCCAUGUCCUAGAGGGUUUUACUGGCUGAAAUCUGUUUGUUUACCUUGCCCCAAAAACUGUGCCUCAUGCGCGAUGCAUUAUGAAUGCACUGAAUGCAAACCUGGAUAUUUUGGACGUACGUGUUCACAAAGGUGUUCUCCUGGAUGCGUAUACAACAUUUGUGAAAAAGAAACCGGAAAAUGCAGUUGUCAAGACUACUUUGUAGGAGAAUCAUGUGGUUCAUGUAUUCCUAGAAGAUUUGGACCAGCUUGUAACCAAGACUGCCCUAAGAAUUGUUGGACUUGUGAUUCAUACGAAAACUGUACUAUGUGUGUUGCCGGAUAUUAUGGUAAGAGAUGCAAACAGAGUUGCUCUAGUGGAUGUUCGGAGAGUAACUGUAACCCGGUAAACGGUAUUUGCUAUAAAUGUAAGCCUUCAAAUUAUGGACAAAGAUGUGAAAUGACUUGUCCAAGUGGGUGUUUAGACGAAGUUUGCGACAGGGAAACAGGCGACUGUCGUAAAUGUAAAUCAUUUUUCAAAUUGCCAAAAUGUAUAAAUUGUAUGGAUGGGUAUUGGGGUAAAGACUGCCGAAACGAGUGUUCCGACAGCUGCCGUUCCUGUUUAUCAAUUACGGAGUGCACAAAAUGCAAAGAUGGAUAUCACGGCAAGAACUGUGGAAAGAAAUGCUCUUAUGGCUGCUUAUCUGAUUUAUGUGACCAAAACACAGGAAGAUGCUCUGAAAGCUGCAAAGCAAACUUUACCAGAACGUACUGCAGUCGGUGUAUAUCUGGAAUGUAUGGAUCUAAUUGCAGCGCAAAGUGUCCAGAGAACUGUUAUGACGAAAUAUGUGAUACAAGGGAUGGGACAUGCUUGUUAGGAUGCAUUCCUAAAUUUCAUGGAAAGUAUUGCAAUACUUCGUGUCCAGGUAACUGCAAGAAAUGUACCUCAGAAACUUCCUGCCAGUCCUGUGAAGAUCGUUUUUGGGGAGAGCGUUGUCAGACAAAAUGCCCUACUCGGUGUUCGGAUGGCACGUGCCGGUCGGAUGGAACUUGCUAUGCAUGUAUUCCUGGUUACUAUGGAGAUUAUUGCAAUAGACCAUGCCCGGAGAACUGUAUUACCUCCUUGUGCAAUAUGUCAGGUUAUUGCAACGAUUGUCAGCCAGGUUAUUUCGGUAUAUUUUGUUCUGAGCUUUGUCCUCCAAAUUGUUUAUCAGGUGACUGUUUACAGGACGGAAGUUGUCAUCAGGUAUGUGAUUGGCCAACAGGAAAAUGUAGCUUAGGAUGUGUGGUUGGAUUCUACGGAGAAAAUUGCAGUCAUUUAUGCAGUGAUAAUUGUCGCAACAGAACAUGCGAUAGACAGACGGGAUCCUGUGACAAUGGAUGUGUUGAAGGUUUUGAAGGGGUCAUGUGUUCACAGGAAAGAAAAUAUGGAAAUUCUGGCACCACCAGACCUGUUGGUACCGUGAUUCUGUCGCUUUGUGUAGCUGUGCUGGUUAUCUAUGCAUUUGUAACAACUAUUUUACUUGUCAGGAAACGACAAAAUGGAAAACAGCGACAGGAAAUGACUUUGCGUUCAAGGGAUGUAGUUGAAUAUAAGCACGAAACAGCAGCUUGUAGAAUUAUAGAAGACUCAGGUCAUGUGUAUGCAGAGCCAACUGAAGACCAGACUGAGGAAGGACCUUCAGUGAACACAGAACGCGAUGCAGUCCGACGAGAAGGCAUCAGAACAAACAGUUACAUGUAUAUUCAUCCGAUAUAUUCUGUUUCACAAACCCCAAAUGAAUAUGAAGAGAUUGAUAAUAAAACGUUGUCGUCCGGAUCAAGUUUUAGGAAAAUGAAAACUAUUUCGUAUAAACACUCCUGAUAAAAUUGUGUGAUAUUUCUAAAAAUGUUUAAUAGAACAAAUGUUCUAUUUUUACGUUUGAAACUCGA